AUGGCUCCCACUCUCGCGUCCGACCCUGUCUCACAGGCUGAUACCCCCAUGACCGACGCAAAUGACGACACUGUGCCUCUGGUGCCCGUUGACAGUGCCGACGCUCCAAUGACGAGCCACCAGGACACCCCAGACUACACGGACUCCGACACAAAUCCCAACACAACUGCCAGCAGCGUUGCAGGCGACACGGCCGACGGGCGUCGGAGGAGAUCUGAGGCCAACAACCUCAGGAAAAGCAUCCUAGGCAAGAAGCAUGGCAACUUGGAUAGCACGAAGGAGGAUGACUCCAUUCGUCGAUUCCGAUACCUCCUUGGCCUUACAGAUCUUUUCCGCCACUUCAUCGAGACAAACCCAAACCCCGAAAUCAAGGAAAUCAUGGCUGAAAUCGACAGACAAAACGCAGAGAAGGACGAGAAGAACCGGAAAGGAUCAAAGCGCUCCGGUGGUGCUGGCGGCGAACGCCGCCGCCGGACCGAGCAAGAAGAGGAUGCGGAGCUCCUUCAGGAUGAGAAGCAUGGCGGCGAUACUACCACUAUCUUCCGUGAAUCUCCAGCUUUCAUUCACGGUGAACUGCGUGACUACCAAGUUGCAGGUCUGAACUGGCUCGUGUCCCUGCACGAGAAUGGUAUCUCCGGUAUCCUGGCCGAUGAAAUGGGUCUGGGUAAGACUCUCCAAACAAUCUCUUUCCUGGGCUACCUCCGAUACAUCUGCGAUAUCAACGGGCCUCACUUGGUCGUUGUGCCGAAGUCAACACUGGAUAACUGGAAACGUGAAUUCGCGCGAUUAUCAAUGAACGCUUGCUCCAAGAUGAGUUCGACGUCUGCAUCACGAGUUACGAAAUGA